CCUCCUGUCUGCAACUUUCCAAGAGGCUUGCAAGCAAUCACUUUGGAAAAAAGAAGAAAAAACCCAUCUCAAAGGUUUGCAGCUUUGCUUUGGAAGUGGCAGGUCUACGCAGAGGCCAAUCCCCUUCUCCCCUUCCCCCGAAAAUAACACCUGGAGAAUAAAAGAUGGCAGACAAUCUUUCUUGAAAGGUUCAGCAAAGUGAGAAGACUGACGAAAUCUCACUGGGGAAAGAUUGAUGACUCACCAUGCCCAGCCUUAAAUUUGUUGGCAUGGUGGCAAACCUCUCACCUCUGCAUCACCAGCACCCUUCCAGGCCCUAACAUAUUCUGGGGCAUUGCCUCAUCACCUCAUUCGCCAGGAUGGCAGAGACCACCGAGGUUCACCCAAGCCUGGAGGGCAUCUUCAGGGUCUUAGCCAGAAUCCCGGAGGACAAGUUGGUCCAGUGCAAGUAUAAGCUGAACUCCACGAAGCAAGACUGGAGGAGCUGUAAGCGCCUGCGUGCCAUGAUCCUUCUGACCUUGAGGAGAGAGACAGAGGCCAGGGUGAGCCUGGAGGCUUUGGGGGACGACGUGGCGGCAGCCCACAUCUACCAAAGCCACUGGGGUAGUGCUUCGGCAAACAGAGCCAAUCCAAUUCCCCUGAACCAGGAUCCAGAAGUGGUGCUGGCUGUGGCUCGGAUCUUUUCACUGCUAGUAGAUGAAAAACUGUGUGGAGCCCUAGCCAGAGAUGAGGCAUACCGAGCAGCCGUCAAGGCCUUCCACACAAACAAUGCCCAAGGAUCGAAGCUGGAGAGCCUCUUGGGAGAAGCUCGGGAUAAGUGCGGCCUGGAUUUCACUCCUGCGGUGGCAAGCCAUAACGUCUGUGCGCCAAGCUCUGGUGCAGGGACUUCCUUAGCUGGAGCAGCCAAGAGCUCUCCAGUGCCAAUCCCGAGUUCCUGGGCCCCCUCUGACCUCCAGCCACUCCGCUCCACUGGCAGCCCAACCUCCCUCAUCAGUCACUUUGAGAUCAGCCAGUCCCCAACGAUGCUGGUCUUCAACCACUCCGCUGGCCAGCACGGCAUCCCCGAGCCCAGUAAACUUUUUGGGAGUUCCGUCAGCCCUUUGGUGCCACCCGGCAAAGGGGGAGACGCCCUUGAGUCACCAGACCAUUGCUCGUCCGAGAAACCCAUGGAGUCCUCUCUGCAAGACCAGCCAACAACCGGACACACUGGUGGCUUCCGAGGCAACCUUUCCUCUCCGUUGGUUUGGCCUCACCUUACAGCUACGCAGCCACGUGAGGAGGCUGGACAGGGCAGGGAACCCUGGAACACAGUGGCAGAAGAACUGCAGGACCCUGAAGGAAGCUCACUCCAAAAUCCGCAAGCGUUGCCUGCGCCUCUGCCUGCAGCAGUGUCUUCCGCAGGGUUGAUCCAAAGACCCGUGGAAGACUCCUCUUCCUCAACACAAAGACUCUCCUCUGCUUCAAGCUCUGCCCUUCCUCCAUCGGGAUCCCCGACGACAGAUCCACAGGGUGACGAGCAGCAGUUCUUCACUUUCGUGGUUGUCCACGCCAGCGAAGACGAGACCAUUGCCUGCCGGGUGAGGGAGCAGCUGGAGACCAUGGGCGUCUCCAACGGGGCAACGUUCAAUGAGGAUUUCCUGGUCCCUGGGCACUGCCAGCUCAGCUGCUUCCAGGACGUGUUGGACAACUCGGCCUUCACCCUCCUGCUCCUGACGGAGAACUUCAAGAGCCGCCUCUGCACUUUCCAGGCCAACAUGGCCUUGAUGGACUCCUUCGAGCGCUUCCUCAAGACCAACUCGGUGAUCCCCUUUGUGCCUAAGGAGAACCCCAUAAAAAGGGGGGAGAUGCCUUGUUUGCUCGCGGGACUCGUGCCAUUGGAUGAGAACUCGCAUGUUUUUGCCAGGCGGGUCAAGAACACUUUCGCCCCGGCGGUGAUCCGGGAGAAGAAGGUUGCGUGGAGCUACUUCAAGCAGGUCCACGACAGGGAACGUUUGCAGGAGCAACACCAAGAUUACAGGCGGGUGCUGCAACGCCUCUCCGCGCUCAGCGUGAACUUGCAAGCUCCAGUGGCUUUGCAGGCCCCACAGGUGGGCUUUUCGGGGUUGCAAGUCCCACCUGGCCAGUUUCCAGAACCGUUUUGCCAGGCAACAUUUCCUGUUCCCGGGAUGCCACAACAUCAGCCUGGGCCUGAUCUAUCCUCCGUUGUGGUCUCCCUGGGGCCUCCUAGCAUGCUCUCAGGUGGGCCUCCGCCCCACCUCAUCAUCCAAAAUGCCCAGAUGGUUCAAAUUGGAGACUACAACCAAAUGCAGGUGGAGAGGACAAAUGCGGCGCUUGGCACGGGAGAGGAAGAGGUUGGCGUGGACCAGUGGAAUAGGCACGAAGACUGAAGAUAAAAGUGUCCAGUCUCGCUAUGGCUUUGUAUACAAAUUGGUGGUGCAGCCACAUUUGGAAUACUGUGUUCUGUUCCAUCAUCAUCAUCAUUAAUAAUAAUAAUUCCACCUUUCCAAAAGGAGUG